AUGGGUGAAACAACGGUAUCGGGUUUUGAGGUAUCAAGCACAGUUAGAUACGAAUCCUCAACCUUCAACGAUACGGAUGAUAAAGUUGUGACCUUUCUUCCUUUUAAUGACGUCAUCGUGGCCGUCGUUGCCACAUUUUUAAUCCUUUUCCUAAUUCUUGGAUUCUUUGGAAAUCUUCUGACAAUUAUGGUCAUCGUUAAGUCAACGAAACUCAGAAAUAUCUUCAAUCAAUUCAUUUUGAGUCUCUGCUUCUCCGAUCUCUUCUCGGCUUUUGUCAGUUGGGUAAAUUUAUACAGAAGAACAUGGGGGUUCAAUGUAUUUGUUCCGCCAAACUUUUUCUGUUGGUUUUAUUGGGGAGUGGAAAUGUGGACAUCUUGCGUUACAUCUCAGCAUAUCCUAGGAUUCGCGAUUUUGCGUCUCAUCUCUGUGUGGAAACCUGUAAGAUUCAGCAAAAUUAAACCACUACAUGGAAGAAUAUGGAUUGUAUUAAUCUGGGUUGUCGGAUUCCUUUGUGGCUUCAUACCUUUUGCUUUCUUCAGCGGUGCGAAGAUUAGAGACAGAAGCGAUAGAACAUCACCAACCGCUAGAUGGCCAUCUUGCACCCAGAACCAAGAAACACUUGAAAUCUACUCUCGCUACAUUGAAUACGCUUAUCCAAUCUUUUUCUACUUUCCGUUGGUUGCGAUUGCAUUGGUCUCUAUAUGCAUCGGGAUCGUCAUUGUACGAAAACGGGGUCAGAUGAGUAAAGCAAGAUCGAGCAGCGACUCUUCCAAAGCUGUGAAGGAGAGACAGAAAGAAAAACAGGCGAUUCUACAAUUAGGACUGAUUGUCGGAUCUUUUAUGCUUGGAUAUAUACCGUUCACAGUAUUCGAAUUCUGGACUCUUCAUAAUAAGGACACGUCACUAGAAGGAUGGGAGAGGGAGUGGAUGUUCGGUACAGCUCAAUACAUCUGUCUGAGAUUCUCAGAGUGUUUAAAUCCCGUCUUCUACAACCUUGCUUCUUCGAAGAUGAGAAAAGAGACAAACAAAUUCCUAAAAGGACUUGAUUGUAGAAAUGCUGAAUCUAUAGGACGAGCAGUUUCUUCGGCUUCUUCUGGCGAGACUGGACUUGAAUUGUAG